AUGGUGGCCAGCCAACGCCUGGCCAUGGGCAACGGUUCAAUUAAAGUCCCAAAGGCCGAGGAGAACAGCUGCCUGUCCUCCAUCCACACCAAUGCUAUAGGCCUGGAGACACAGCUCAGGAUGCAGAUUGCUCACCUCGAGGCAGAGCUGGCACAUCGGGAUCAAGAGUUCAGAGCCCAACAGAUCCAGUUACAGAACCUCCAGAGGGAGCUGGAGGCCAAGAUCUCUCAAAUCCACAAGCUCCAGGAUGCCAUUGGCUACAACAGCCUUUGCUGCUCAUCGCCGGCCCUGUGUCGCCACAGCUGUCGCCGCUUCAGUGUCAUCAACCAGGGCUCGAACCGCUUCCACAAGGUGGCCGUGGAGGUCCACCGCCGGCUCAAAGCCAAGGAGGGCGUCUCAGCUGAACCCACCUCUGAAAACUUCUGUGGAGGUUUCAGGGCCACCAACAUCUCCAUCGCCAAGGCUAUCCGGAAAGACUCUGACACGAAAAAGCUCAUCAAUAGUGCGAUCAUGAACAACGACUUCCUGAAGAAGCUGGAGGCGCAGCACAUGAGGGAGAUGGUGGACUGUAUGUAUGAGAAGGUUUACGGCGAGGGUCAGCUGGUCAUCCAGGAGGGAGAACCAGGAAACUACCUCUACGUCCUGGCAGAUGGUUUGUUGGAGGUCAUCCAGAAUGGGAAGCUUCUGGGUGAGAUGCGUCCUGGAACAGCAUUCGGAGAGCUCGCUAUCCUGUACAACUGUAAGAGAACAGCCACAGUUAAAUCUGUGUCCCAGUCCCACAUCUGGGCUCUGGACCGACAGACGUUUCAGACCAUCAUGAUGAGAACCACACAGGCCCGACACGAGGAGUACUUCAGCUUUCUACGCAGUGUGUCUCUGCUGAAUGGACUGCCUGAAGAGAAACUAGCCAGGAUCGUUGACUGUCUCGAAGUGGACUGUUAUGAGAAAGGAGAGUAUAUCAUCAGAGAAGGUGAAGAAGGGAACACGUUCUUUAUCAUCGCUAAUGGAGAGGUCAUCGUGACUCAGAGCACAGAGGGGUUUGCUGAACCACAGGAAAUCAAGACGCUGGGAGUCGGAGACUACUUUGGAGAGAAAGCUCUGAUCAGUGAGGACGUCCGAUCAGCAAACAUCAUCUGCAAUGAGAACGACACUCACUGUCUGGUGGUGGACCGAGACAAUUUCAACCAAAUGGUGGGAACCUAUGAGGAGCUCCAGGCUUACCUCAAGGAAUACGUGGAGGAGCUCUCCAGGAGUGAUGAGAGGAGAAACGCUCUGCCGUACUCGCCUCAGAUCGACUCUGCCGAGGCUCAGGAGCUGAAGAGGCUGAGGGAGCGGAUCGGCCUUCUGCCUCCAAACCAGCCAUUCCAGCAGCUCGAGGUCGUAGCGACGCUGGGCAUGGGAGGAUUUGGACGGGUGGAGCUGGUGAAGCUGAAGGACGAGGAGACCACGUUUGCUCUGAAGUGCAUCAAGAAGAAGCACAUAGUGGACACCAGACAGCAGGAGCACAUCUACUCAGAGAAAAACAUCCUUCAGCAAACAAACUCAGCCUUUAUCAUCAGGUUAUUUCGAACCUUUCGGGACGAUAAAUACAUCUACAUGCUGCUGGAGGCAUGUCUGGGAGGAGAGCUGUGGACUGUGCUGCGGGACAUGAGUUAUUUUGAUGAUGCCACAGCCAGGUUCUGUACUGGUUGUGUCUUGGAGGCGUUUGACUACCUUCACACCAGCGGCAUCGUCUACAGAGACCUGAAACCUGAAAACCUGCUGCUGGAUGCCGAGGGUUACGUCAAAAUGGCUGACUUUGGCUUCGCUAAGAAAAUUGGCAGAGGGAAAAAGACGUGGACUUUCUGUGGCACCCCAGAGUACGUGGCCCCUGAGGUCAUCAUGAAUAAAGGCCAUGACUUUGGGGCCGACUGCUGGUCUUUAGGAAUCCUCAUAUUUGAGCUGCUCACUGGCAACCCACCAUUUGCUGGCUCAGACCCCAUAAAGAUCUACACCAUGGUCCUCCAUGGCAUCGAGAAAGUCGACUUCCCCAAGAGAAUCUGCAAACGUCCUGACGACCUUAUCCGGAGGCUCUGCAAGCUAAACCCAGUAGAGCGUCUGGGAAACAAAAAGAACGGCAUCAUUGACAUCAAGAAACACAAGUGGUUCCAGGGCUUUAACUGGGAGGGUUUGAGGCGUCACAAGCUGCUGUCUCCACUGAAGAGAGAGCUGACAGGGCCGUUGGAUCACAGUCACUUUGACAUGUUUCCUCCUGAGGCUGAGGAUCCUCCUGAUGAGCUGUCCGGCUGGGAUAGAGACUUUUGA